UAUCACUACAUUACCAACUAAGACGCUGCCCAGUGAACUCGCAUUGGUCACCAACACAACAUAAAAAUCCGUUGUAUUAAAAAUUAACAAAUGAGUGUGUUGAUAAACUAUGACAGUGAAUUUUAGUUUUAAAAAUAAGUUAUUAUAUACAAGUUUAUGUUAAAAUGAAGUACAUAGUGAUAUUAUUUGUGAUGUGCAUAGUUUUAAGGAAUGUCGCGGCAGUUCUCUCCUCAGAAGAGAUCACAGGAAUAAGUGAGUCAUGUUGUUCUCACGUGGAAACGAUGUUCGUUGGCUUCAAAUCGUCUGCUGAGUGUGCUGCCACUGAUCCUCCGGAUUACAUAGGUCCCGAUGAAAUAGACAUCUGUCGAGAUGCGAUCAGCCGAUGUUGUGAUGAUUUCUUCAAACAGAAGAGUGAUUGUUCAGACGGAAUGAAGUAUGCGAAAACAAAAAGAUGUAAUAUACCAAAGUCUCCAAUGGGAAAGACUUGCUGCGAUGAAUGCUCUUUCGGAAUAUUAACCGGAGAGUCCCAGGACGAGGGUGCAUGUGGUGGUCCAGCUGAUGAAUAUGUCGCACCAACCACGGCGUUGAGGAACAAUGCGUACUACCAGUGCUGUAUAGAAGCUGCCAAACAGCCGACAACCACUGAAAAGAAAAUUGAAACAACUACUGAAAGAAAAGUAUUGACAACGGAAAAGAAGAAAGAGAAAUGCAAAAAGGACUCUUGUGAACAUAUUUGUAACGAUGAAGAUGGCAGUAUUAGAUGUCACUGUCGUGAAGGGUACAGAUUGCAAGCAGAUAAAAAGUCUUGUAAAGAUAUAAAUGAAUGUGCAGAAGCUUUAGAUGAUUUGUGUACGGCAGAAAAUACUGUCUGUCACAAUACAGCCGGAGCUUUUAAAUGCGUCCCCAUUAAGAAACGAGCAGCGGGGCUCAGCUGCCCUGCUGGCUUCAAGAAAAACAUCAAGAGUCAAGUCUGUGAUGAUAUAAAUGAAUGUCAACAUCCUCGACCCCCUUGUCCAAAGUAUCUUUGCGAGAAUACAAUAGGAGGUUAUAAGUGUGCUGGUAAGCCGGGCAAACCGUACACAGAGGACUCCGCUGACGCAACCACCGUGGGUGCUGGUAACAUUGAUACUACUCCAAGGAAUGAUAUAUGUCCAGUGGGCUUCAGAGCGGGUCCAGAUGACGAAUGUCUUGACAUCGAUGAGUGCGAAGAACGUUUGGACGACUGUCAACGUCUGUCACAACAUUGCAUCAACACUCAUGGCAGUUUCUUCUGUCAGGACCACGUCUCCAAACGAUGUACUCCAGGAUUCAAAGUUAACGAUGUUACUGGAAUAUGCGAAGAUAUAAACGAAUGCGAAGAUGCUAUGCAAGUGUGUAAACGUACUGAAGUGUGCAUCAAUUUACCAGGCGCAUACAACUGCAAGUCUAAGAUCAGCACACUGCCCAAGCUUGCAACAAAAACAUGCCAAGAGGGUACCAGAAUGCGACCUGGUGGAACAAUAUGCGAAGACAUAGACGAGUGCCGAGAAGGUACACAUCUAUGUGAUGAGUUCCAGAAUUGUAUCAAUACUUAUGGUGCACACGAGUGUCGUUGUAAGAACGGCUUCGAACUGGACCCAUCAUCUGGGUCUUGUGUUGAUGUUGAUGAAUGUUCAUUGAAGUUGGACAACUGUUCCCCGGGUACGUACUGCUUGAACACUUUGGGCUCGUAUAUAUGUACCCAUCGGGCACCGACCACCAGUACCACGACUACCACUGUCUCACCAUCAGACUACGAGUACUAUUCCGAAGAAGACAAUUCAACCUAUGAAACUGGAGAAACUGAGCCAAUACCUCCAACUACGAGUUCAACUACGCCUAGACCUACAAGACCUCCACCUAGACCCAUACCAAGACCAACACCUAGACCGACCACUACCCCUAGAACCACCACUACCCCUAGAACCACCACUUCUACUACACCAGUAACAACAACAACAACAACAAGGACGACAACUACGUCUACUACACCAUUUCCUAUUAGACCGCCUCCUACUAGACCAUUACCUCCGUAUCCCGGUCGCUAUCCACCUAGAACUCAAACUCCUACUACAUCCAGUACUCCUUAUACUAAUAAACCUGAAAGACCUAUUUACACACGACCCACAACUUCUACCCCAAGAAGACCUUACCGGCCCCAAGAUAGACCGACAAGACCAGAUGAACCUGCAAGGGGAUCUGAAGAUGUGCCAGAAGAACCGCCUAGGAGGCCUGAAGAUAGACCAAGACCUGAGGCUCCUUCAACGGAUGUUACUCCAAGACGGCCUAGUUAUUCUAGAAGGCCUUAUGAUCCAAGAAGACCAGAUCGCAUGAGACCUGAAGAUAGGCCGAGAGAAACUACUAUUACUUCUACUACUACCACUACUCCGAAACCGAAUGAAACUAAUCCUGAUAUAGACCUAAACAAUUUGCAUUGUUUAUAUGGUUACGAGAGGGAUGAAUAUGGAAACUGCGUAGACGUGAACGAGUGUGAAGCGAACCGGCACGUAUGCAGUUCUCUGGAGAUGUGCGUGAAUAGGGACGGUGGAUACAUCUGCGAGUGCAUACCAGGAUUCCAGCGGGAUGCCUCCGGCUGGUGCACGACCAUUACCACCACUUCCACCACUUCCACUACUACCACUUCCACCACUACAGCCAGAACAACAACUGAGUCUACUACGACAGCAGUCACGACACCUCGUUGGCGGUAUACGCCGAGACCUCGCCCUUACUCGCCACCGCCUGUAACCUGCGACUUCGGGUACACAUACAGUUCUGAGCAAGGAAGAUGUGUUGAUGUUGAUGAAUGUGCCAGAAAUCAACAUUCAUGCUCUCACAAUGAGGAGUGCGUCAAUGUGAACGGUGGAUACAACUGUGUAUGUGGGAAGAAAUGUCGAGCUGAGAACGAGGGGCCUAAUGUUUACUAUCCUGUAUCACCAAACCGGGAGCCGCGGCCAGAACCGACUUACCCUACUCCUGCGUCUGAUGACGACAUCAACACCAUUACUGUCGGGGCACAGUAUGGGCAACAAGGUCCGCGCCAAAUGAGAGCCGGCUACUCCAGAGUUAACUAUGGGAGCGUAUACACGUGUCGUUGGGGUUAUAAGCUCACUCCUGACAAACGGUGUAUUGACAUCGACGAAUGCGCUAGAAACGAGUCCCAAUGUGGGCCACAGCAGACAUGUGAGAACUUCUACGGCGGGUAUUCAUGCAAGUGUCCCAAAGGACACAAGCUGUACAACAGGCAGGAUCAGUGCGAAGAUAUAGACGAGUGCUACUAUGGAUCCCCUUGUUCGUACAACGGUAAAUGCGUCAAUACAGUAGGUUCGUAUCGGUGCGAGUGCAGCGAAGGUUUUCGUAAUGCACCCUCAAAUGACAAGGUGUGUGUCGACAUUGACGAGUGCACGGAGAAUCCUGGUAUUUGUGAGCACGACUGCACCAACACGUGGGGAGGGUACCGCUGUUACUGCAAACGGGGAUAUAGGCUGGACGCUAAUAACAGGACGUGUGUGGACGUGGAUGAAUGCAAGGAGUGGUCGAUGUCGCGGUUACGAGGGCGGCUCUGCAGCGGCGAGUGUGUCAACGAGCCGGGCAGCUACCGGUGCUCCUGCCCUCCUGGCUACAAACUCGGGGACGACCUCAACAGUUGUAUAGACAUCGACGAGUGCGAAACAGGUGUAGCUACGUGUGCUUACUCUAAGCGACCAGGUGAUGUCUGCCAGAAUACCCGUGGCAGCUACCACUGCCAUCGCAUCGAAUGCCCGAGUGGCUACAGACUAGAAUCCAAGCACCGAUGCGUUCGAAUCCAGCGCACGUGUCCGAUAUCGGACUGGUCGUGCUUGCAACAGCCCAGCGCUUACAGCUACAAUUUUAUUACGUUUGUAGCGAACAUCUAUAUGCCUUCAGGAAGGGUGGAUUUGUUCACGAUGCACGGCCCCGCAUGGAGGGAUUCCGUGGUGACAUUCGAGUUAAGAAUGAUUAAUUCGCAGUCAUCAUCGCGCUCUAUUGAACCAGCACAACUGGCAUGUUUCGACAUGCGGCCAACGAACAACAUGUGCCUAAUUUCGUUGCUGUGCUCGCUGCCGGGUCCACAGGUUGUGGAAUUAGAACUCACCAUGUCUUUAUACCAGCACGAUCAGUUCGCAGGCAGCGCGGUCGCCAGACUCAUCAUUAUCGUCUCUGAAUACGAGUUCUAAGCUUUGAAUCUGUAGAAACGGGAGAUAACAAAGCCUUACACGAAUCACAGUAGUAUUUGCUUUACAUAAUCCGCCAAAUUUAAUAGGCCUCUCAUGCUAACUGCGUAAUAUUAACGGACAAGUGUAUUUACAUAAGCGGGUUAUGGAAAGCAAAUUAUGUUUCAAGCAAUUUUAUAUUGCGAGGCAUUUCACCUUUCUCCUCUCCAUAAGUUUCCAAAACUAUCCGCUAGAGGCGCAGUUGUUUUAAAUAUAAACUAAUCGAAUAUACGUAAAUCUCCACUUGCACUUUGUACUCUGUACUAGUGACUAUAUUCAUCAUCAUCAUUUCAGCUGUUAUUAUUAACUUCACUGCUAAACAUAGGCCUCCCUUAGAUUGAAGGGUAGAGGUAAGGAC